ACCGUACCGGCCUCGCCAUACUUCGCAAACUUGAUCGCAGCCAAUAUGAGCACCGACACCAACUUGCAAGAGCUGCACAAGAGGCUCUUUGAAGAAGGCCUCAAGGUCAGACGCUCCGUCGUCGGCGACACCUACGUCGACCGCGCCCUCGCCAACGGUUCCACCGAAUUCUCUCGCCCCGGCCAAGAGCUCGUCACGGAAUGGUGCUGGGGAUACGCGUGGACCCGUCCCGGCCUGGAGAGGAAGCAGCGCAGCCUGCUCAACAUUGGCAUGCUCAUGGCGUUGAACCGCACGCCCGAGCUUGCGGUGCAUAUCCGUGGCGCCAGGAACAAUGGACUCACCGAGGAGGAGAUCCGGGAGGCAAUCCUGCAUUGUACCACGUACUGCGGCGUGCCGGCGGGUGUCGAGGCGAUGAAGACGGCGGAAAAGGUCCUUGAUGAGAUGGCGGAGAAAGGGGAGAAGCAGAGGGAGCUGGGUGGCAAGGCGCAGACGACGGCUGGCGGAACGUGAUGAAUUGACCUUUGGUGUUCUCACGGCAUUCUCAUUCUCUAGAGUGACUUUGUUCAAGCGAUGUCGGCGAUGAUGAGCCUCGCAUGGUGGGUGAAUGUAUGCAGCGGGCUUCAGGCGUGAUGGCGGAAACGAGGCGUUUACAGUUGCCCGCAAUUGGACUGGACCUAUGGCGCAGUGCGGUCCAUCGUGCUCACUACUAGAUGGCGUGCGGAGUGG